AUGGUUACAUUCUACAAGCGCAAAAAAAAGAUCUACACUAAGCUUAGUGAGCUGUCCCUCCUCUGUGGUGCUGAUGUUGGAUUUCUUGUGUACUCCAACAGUGGAAUCUUGUACACAUUCGGCAGCCCAUCCUUUGAAGUAGUUGCAAAACGGUUUCUCAACGGUGAGGGCUCUUCGUCAACCUCACUGCCGCAACAAUCAAACAUAGAUGCUCAACAUAAAAAGAAGAUGGAAGAACUCUGCAAAGUCUACAACAAUCUUUUAAAGAAGGCUGAUGCGGAGCAACAGAAAGGGAUGGUCAUGGCAAAGGCUGAGGCGGAGGCACUGCCUGUGGAGAAGGACGCGUGGUGGAGAGUCGAUCCAACGAAAAUUAAGGAUAAGGAAGUCCUAAAGCAGUUGAUGGAGAAGUAUGAAGAUCUCUAUGAGAAACUAUGUGACGAGGAAGUUGAUGGAGUCAAAGUUCUUCAAGUGGAAACUGCAGCUGGUGCUACGGCAAAGGAUGCUGGUGAUUGCUUCUUGACUUUGUUGGGUUAUGACUUGUCAGAAUUUGGAUUGAGAUAUUUGUGGAAAGUCGAUCCGAUGACUGUUAAGGAUAAGGAAGUCCUUAAGCAAGUGCUGGAGAAGUAUCAGGACCUCUAUGAGAAACUGGGUAAGGAGGUUUUUGCAAGGAACCAUAGAGAAAAUGCGCCGUAG